UGGUUUUCGACAUAUCCUUUAUUCUCUAAUACCUAUUACAGCCAGAUACACAAGAAAAUAGUAACCCGAAUUCCAUACUGGAGGAUAUUGGCAAUAAAACAAUGGAAUCAUCGGACUCGUCAGAGGACAAGCUAGAUGUAGCCGAACCUAACAACCCGGAGCCAAUUGGAGAUAGACCUCCAAUAGAUGAUACAGACAUCCAUGCACUACAUGCAAAAUUUGCCAAUAUAGCAAUUGCAUCAGCGGAAGGCUCGACUGAGGAUGAGUGGGUUACCCCUCAAGAAGGAAAUUCUUCUGAAAAUACCAACCCGAUUUCUGUACAUGGAGAAGCUGGCAACGGAGAAACGGCAUCAGCGGAAGUCUCGCCUGAGGAUGAGUGGUUUAACGCGCAACAAGAAACUACUAACCCGAAUAUACCGGAAGAGAUCGAAAAUAGAUCUCCAAGAGACCAUGGAGACCAUGAAGAAGCUGGCAAUGGAAAAAUGGCAGCGCCGGAGGACGCACCUAAUAAGGAGCCACAUUUAGGGGAUAAUAAUAACCGGAACUCUUUGCUAGAAGAAGCCCAUGCAGUACCUGAAGAAAUUCCGGAUCUUGCAUGUGGAAUUCAAUCUUCACUAGAUGUUCCUGAAGGUAACAUCCCUGCCUCCCCAAACAUGAUGAAUGAUCCGUUUGGCGUGGCUGCUCUUCUACCAAUUAUCCAAGCGUCCAAGACCGGUCCCAAUCCGAUGUCGCUCGCACUCGGCGAAGAUCUGGACCUGAUGGGCCUCGGUCUGAAUCUCAACUCACGGACAAACUUGUUCCCGACGUUCGGUGGUCCCUGGGCGAAUAUGCAGUGCCAGCCUCAGAACAUCGACUUCCACGUGCCGCCCGAGUACCACGUCAACCACGCCAUCAGGCACAAGCUCGCGCCGUUGGAUUUGCGUACAUACAUGGAUGAUGCGUUGUUUUUCCUAUUCUACACUAGCGUAGGCGAUGUACUUCAAAUUGCUGCAGCUGCUGAGCUGUAUAAUCGAGAGUGGCGUUACCACAUGGAAGAGAGAGUGUGGAUAUCGCCAAUACCCGGAAUGAUUCCCAUCGAGAGGACCAAUACGUAUGAAAGAAGCACUUACUACUUCUUCGAUACUAUAAGUUGGAGGAAGGUCCCCAGACAGCUGUAUCUGGAGUACUGCAAGUUGGAAGGUCCGCCCGGGCUAUACGGAACUGGGCCAAUCCCGAUGCCGAUGUAAUUUUCAUUUGCUUACGUGUUUCUUUUCAUUUCUUCAUGUAUUACCAAAGAAUGUACUACUUUUCAUUUUCCUAUGUAUUACUUACUGAUUAAUAUUAAUAAAAACCUUAUUUUCUCUAA